CGGACUAGACUAAAAGUGUGGCGGUCCUGCGCGGUGCAUUAUGGGAGGUGGCAAUGGCGUCUGCUAUCUGCCGGAGCCCGUCUCUGUGUAACCUGGCUUUGCUGGACGUCCAAGUCACCGGGAUAGAGGAGACCAACCUCGGCGGGAAAAUCCAGUAUGCCUUCUGCCUGGACUUACAAUGGUCGGACUAUAGGCGGGACGUGGUGUGGCGGAAUUAUUACGAGUUCGUGGAGCUGCACAACGCGCUGCUUGGCGUGUUCAAGGAGUACAGCAAACCGCGACCGGGCCGGCAGAAUCUACCCACGAUACCAGCUCGGCAGUUCUUUAGAAGAAACGACAGAAAGCUAGCAGAGAGUAGGAGACCGCAGAUUCAACAAUAUGUACAGCAAUUAAUUAGGUUACCGCAGAAGGUAUCACAAAGUUCCGUGGUGCUGUCGUUUUUCGAGAGAAGACCGAGCGACCCGCCUCCGCCGUGCCAGUGCAGCGAGGACUUCGCGCGGAAGCACAUGUCCCGGAAACUGCAGAACGGCGUCGGCACACCGGAGGAGAACGGAGGCAUCAGCUGCAGUACCAGCGCAGACAGCAGCCCAAAGAAACCGAGGUCGAGAACAUUGAAAGACAUCGACGGUCAAGAAAUGACCAGUAGUAACGAAGGAAGCCCUACCAAGGCCAAAUUCAAAACGUCAUGGGAAUCGCCAGAAUUUCAGAAAUUUCACAGAUUAUCCUAUACAAUAGCAUGGGAUUGUGCGGAUCUUAUGGGGGAAAUGGAAGACCUUGAAGACGGAGAAACCAUGUGGGAAGAAAUGGAGUUGGGCAGUUGAAAGCCCCAUGAACACUCCCAGAGAUGUAAAUCACCAUGUAUCAAGUACCAUGGACAACACCAUGCGCCGUUUCCGAUCUGUUGGCAUUGUCUACAACAGUUUUGAAGAAACUGUGAUGAGAGGCCCAUAGAACCGUGGCGAGAGACCCACUUAGACGACACAAAACAGGUCUUCUUCUGUGAAAGGAUAAAAGCCAUUUUUAUUGAGGAUUCUUAUUUAUGGAAAUUAGCCAUGCACGACGCUGUGAUGUAUUACUGUCCAGCAUUUGAAAUUUGAUCUGCUCUCAACAGUCGCUACUCUGCCAACAAAUACAUAUUAGAGAAUAUUCAAUAUUGGCCAUUUCAAUUACAAACCGUUCAAUACUAGUAUGUAGUAUGUUGACAUAACGUUUUUUUAACCUUUAUUUAACCUUGAUACAUCAUUCGGCCUGAGCCGUUUUUCAAGAUUUCAAGUUGUGUUUUUUUCAGAGUUUUUAUCUCCAAAAGGCGAGACCUUUUGUCAGAGUUUCUGUACACAGUUCACAUGGUAUUUGUGUCUUUAUUUGUUAAAUUGAGUGAACAUGUAUGCAACAAACAUCGUGCCUGCAGAAUGUGAUAAUAGGUUUUAUUGAUAAUAUAUGUGAAAGUCUAUGCUAUAGAUCUGGAGCUAUAAUAAGUUGUGCCUACAAAUAAAGUUUCAUUUUAACAAUUUAAAAAAAAAACACCCUUCAAAUGCUGCUUGCAAAGUUGUAUAAGAUAUAUUCAAUGGGUGGAAAUGUUUACACUAACGUGACAACAGUUGAUGUGAAUUCUAAGAUGUAAAUGGAAACGGCCCGCCCCUCAGACGUUGCGAAAUACUUCAUGGAAGCCAAAGAGUUCUAAGUCACAAGUAGAAUUGAAGAAGUGGAAAUGUCCCUUCAAAAUGUGGAACCCGGAAAUAUAACCCUUCCCUGUCCACUCGUAUGUUUCAUUGCAUGGUCUUGAUGUCACUCUGUACCUGGAUUCCGUAGUCUAAAAAUCCCCACCUAAAUUCUUUGUUUUGAACAUUCGGAGAGAAAAAUUGCCCUUGCCAACCUUGUAACUUUCUUUUCUUGUACUAUUAUUGGCGCUGCAAACAGAUAGAGGGCACGAAACAAGCUAUUUCAAAGUUCCAAACGCGCUUGUGCAAUCGUGAUGUAUUGUGGUUCAAGGUCAAAGUUUAAGACACCCACAAUGCAUAACUACUGUUGACCACUGCUCAUGCGCACUUGGUACUGUGAAAUGGCUUAUUGUUCUACAAGAAAAUGUUUCAAUCAGCCGUAUAACUGUGGGUAAGAUUCAUAUGUGGUAUCUAUUUUUACAUGUGCACAUUGGCCAUACGAGUUUCAUAUUCACAGCACUGUGGCUACAAGGGAGCUGGUUUUACUUAUUCGAAGAGAAUUUAUAUCAAUGUAAAGACAUCAAUAUUGUGACUUGAUGGGCCAGUGUCAAUCUUGGGUAAGUGUUGCCCGCUUUUAUACUGUACAGAAUGUUUCAAUGUAAUAAAUCAUACAGAAUUUUA